AUGGGCCUCGUAGUCGUUGUCAGAUGGAUUUCUUCCCUGUUGACAGCUCUCUCACCAUUUCCUUGGCAAAUUUCAUCCGUACAAAGAUCAGACCCAAUCACUCUGGCAGACUUCAAUAAUAUCUUCACCAACGCUCCGGACCCUAAUAGGCCAGGUGGCUGUAGUAGAACCCUCGGAACGUCUAUUCGGGAUGGUAUUGGCCUCUCACUUGCAGCCCUCAACGACGCUUUGAACAUAAUCAAAGGGGCCUCAGAUCAACUGGGUUAUGACAGUGUGGAUGGUACAAAGAAAGGGAAAACGCUUCGACAACUUCUAUUCCUAUUCUUUGGCUUCAGAUUUGAUCCAUUCGGCGGUGUAGAUAUGGACAAUUGGCAUGAUUACCAGUAUGUGCGAGUCAAUGGCAAGCUGUUCACCUAUAGAUACGUCGCUUCUUACAACGACAAUGGUAUUGGUCAUAGGACAAGAUGGAAUCUCAGUCUGUGCCCAUGUGCGUUCAGCAAUUCCCCAGUUAGCUAUUAUGGGGAACCAGGCAGUGGCACAGAAGCUGCGCCAGAACUGCUUAAGGUGUAUAUGAGGUCAAUAAGUGUUACGACGGCCCACGAGCUGUUCCACCUAACGUCAGAUUCAGCCAUCAUAGACCAACCUGAAGUGGUAACGCCAAACAACGACGGGAACGCCAUCCAGAAGAUGAAGGGAUUGCCGCAUGAUGUGAGCCAAAUGAGAUGGCCUCAAAGCACAAAGCGCAAUACUUACGGUGUUACGAUGUCGGGGUGGCUAGGGUUUGCUAUGCCCAACCUAGCUCAAAACAAUGCAGAUAACUAUGCGGCCUUCGUGCUGUGUCUCAGAUACCCGACCUUGGACUGCGUGGGUACUUUUGCGAUCAGCGUUAGCAAGAGGGAAAGCGUCCCGUUCACGGUCCCGCUGAAGGUGUCUCAGAAACUGAGAAACCAUGGAAUGUCUUCGACGAGGAAGAUGAUGAUGUAG